UGAUUUUGCAUUUCUGGGAGGGGAAAACUGUAAACAAAACAGUCUCCUCCCUGUCAGCUCGUGCACACUGCUUUGUAUGACUGUGCACAGUGAAGCACAAACACACAGCCCCAUAGUAAAACACACCCAGCUCACAGUUAACCCUUUGAUCGCCCCACAUGUUAACCCCUUCCUGCCCAGAGCCAUUAGUACAGUGUCAGUGCUUUUUAUUAGCACUGAUCACUGUACUGGUGUCACUGGGGAUGACAUUGAUACCAUGUCAGUUCCCCCAGUGUCAGAAUGCCCGCCGCAGUCUCACUAU